AUGCUAUCGAGACAAUUGUUGCGCGGGUCAUUGAUAACGCCAAAACAAUGCACCAUCAACCUUAACAGAUCCUUCACUCAGUCGUAUCUCUUAUUUCAAUCUCAAGGGAAAAAAUCCAAGAGGGAUUCCAAUUUGCUGUUGCAAAGUAUAGAACCAAAGUGGACUUCCUUGAAAAAUAAAGCCAACCUUUUGAAAUCAACGGCAUCCAAUUACAGUGGCCAAUUAAAACACCAUGUUGAUAACAUGAAGAAAUCUAUAAGAGAAGCCAACAAAAGGAUUGCUGAACAGGAGAAGGAAGGAACUGAUAUUCGGUUAAAUUUCAAAAAAGAUGCAAAUACUAAUGAAAUGAUUGAAGGAUUGCCUUCUGCAAGAGAAUUAAAUAGAAAGAAAUGGUCAAGAAAGUUAGAAUUUUAUUUAGAUUCGUUACAGGAAACUCUUUUUACAGCGACAAGAGCCCUGAAUGAUGUUACCGGCUAUUCUUCGAUUCAAAAAUUGAGAGAUACCAUCGGGACUUUGGAAAACAGACUGGAUAUAGUGAAACGAGAUGUUAAAAAGUAUAAAAAUGAAUAUGCAGAUGCAAUCGAGAAAAGAGCUACAUCACAGAAAGAAUUGAACGAACUUUUACAGAGAAAAUCUAGUUGGUCACCAGACGAUUUGCAAAGAUUCACGAAACUUUACACGGAGGAUGCAUCAAAUUCACAGAGAGAACGUGACCUUAAAGAUCAAGUUAGAACCAUUGAAGCUAAAGAAGAUCAACUAAAUGAUGAUUUAUACAGAGCAAUUUUGACGAGAUAUCAUGAAGAACAAAUUUGGUCGGAUAAAAUCAGAAGAACUUCAACAUGGGGUACACUUAUAUUAAUGGGAGUGAAUAUUUUUUUGUUUCUAAUACUGCAAUUAUUAUUAGAACCAUGGAAAAGAAGAAGAUUAACUCGUUCAUUCGAAGACAAAGUGACGAUUGCACUUAAAAAAUAUAACGAAGAACAGUCAUUGAAAUUCGAUCAAUUAAAAGAUCAUAAUUAUCAAAUACUGGGAACUUCUAGUACUGAAAGCAUAGAACAAGGUUUGAUUAAUGAUAUAUCAGAAAAGGAACAACAAACUGAUAAAUAUACCCACACAGAAGAAUAUCCAAUAAAGAAAUCCUCAACUCUUCAAAAAUAUCUCAAUAUCACAUCAAAUAUUCUCAAGCGCUUCCUCAAAAGAAUUCAGGUGUUCCAAUUUUUGAAAUUAGAUUAUCAAAUAAGUGUCGAUACAUUUCAGGUGUAUAUGUACUCUGCAGCACUCUUGUUUUUGGGUGGCUUCUUCGCUAGAGUAAUAUGA